AAAAGUGUUAGAAUGGCUGUCAUUAGUUUAAUAAUUAUCUUGACUGCGUGCUUUUUCAAACUUGUGCUUUUUUCGAAUGGAUCACCAACACUCCUGUUUGUCACACAGAAAGAUAUCAGAAUGGCAAAUGUCUCUCGUGCUAAUAAAGUCACUACUAUAGUAAAAGAUCUUUCUGAAGCAGCAGCCUUAGACUUUUAUUUUGAACAAGAAUUGGUGUGCUGGUCAGAUAGUGGUUUAGAAACCAUUCAGUGUGUACAAACGAAUGGUACUCACACUGGUGAAAGAAUGGUUGUAGUGAAUUCUAGUUUGAUUUCUCCAGAUGGUCUAGCCUGUGAUUGGUAUACAGGAAAAUUAUAUUGGACUGAUGGAGAAAAAAAUAGAAUAGAAGUAACCAGCAUCAAUGGACAUCACAGAAAAGUCCUUUUUUGGACAGAUAUAUAUCAGCCAAGAGCCAUUGCUCUCGUACCAAUGAAAAGUAUACUUUUUUGGACAGAUUGGGGUGAUGUACCCAAAAUAGAAAAGGCUGCAAUGAAUGGAGAUCCAUUGACAAGGGAAGUAAUCAUUUCUGAAGAUAUAUUUUGGCCAAAUGGUUUAACAGUGGAUUAUGAAAAUGAGUUGGUUUAUUGGGUGGAUGGAAGACUUAAAUUUAUUGCAGUAAUGGAUUAUUAUGGAAAAAAUAGACGUAAAGUAGUGGAACAAGGAUUAGAUUAUCCUUUUGCUGUAACAUUUUUUGAACAUAGAUUAUAUUGGACUGACUGGAAAACAUGGUGCAUACAGUCGUACGAUGUACGUCACAAUCAAGCACAUCCUAGAGAAUUGAUACAUGGAGAAUAUAUUCCUGGUGAUAUAGAAGUAUGGGAUGUUAGACGACAACCACAUGGAAAUCAUCCUUGUGAAAAAAAUAAUGGGAAUUGUUCACAUUUAUGUCUUUUGAGUUUGUCAGAACCUGGUUAUACCUGUGCAUGCCCUACUGGUGUUAAGUUAGUAAAUAAUUUGACUUGUGCCGAAAGACCAGAAGAGUUAUUACUGAUAGUUCAAAGAAAUGAGAUUUGUCGAAUAUCUUUGGAUUCUCCUGAUUAUACCAACUUCGUAUUACCAUUAACAGGAAUCAAACAUGCAAUAGCAAUUGAUUUUGAUCCUGUACAAGAAAUGCUUUAUUGGACUGAUGAAGAAGCUUGUGCUAUUCGUAGAGCUUCUCUUGAUGGUUCUAACCAAGAAAAUAUUAUAACAACAGAAGUGGAAAAUCCUGAUGGCAUAGCUGUUGACUGGCUAGCUCAGAAUCUAUACUGGACUGACACAGGAACAGAUCGAAUUGAAGUAGCCAGAUUAAAUGGUACAAGUAGGAAAGUAUUAAUCAAUGAAGACUUGAUAGAACCAAGAGCAAUUGCUCUAGCUCCAGAACUUGGUUGGAUGUUUUGGACUGAUUGGAAUGAAAAGCGUCCAAAAAUAGAACGAAGUAACCUUGAUGGUACCGAACGUAUUCUUCUAGUAACUAAAGACAUUCUUUGGCCAAAUGGAAUUGCUUUGGACCUUGGAAGAUGGAAAAUUUAUUGGUGCGAUGCAAAGACAGAUAAAAUUGAAGUUUGUAAUAUGGAUGGCACAGACAGAAGAGAAGUAAUUACAGACAAUCUUCCACAUCUUUUUGGAUUGAGCUUAUUAGGAGACUACUUAUACUGGACUGAUUGGCAAAGACGGAGCGUGGACAGAGCGCAUAAACUUACAGGUAGUGAAAGAGAAGUUAUUGUAGAUCAACUUCCAAAUGUUAUGGGUCUAAAGGCAGUGCAUUUAGGAAAAGUUAAUGGUUCAAAUCCUUGUGCAAAAAAUAAUGGAGGAUGUAGUCAUUUGUGUUUGAAUCGACCUGAAAACAAAUAUGUUUGUGCCUGUCAAAUUGGAUAUGAAUUAACAAAAGACAAGAGAACUUGUGUGAUCCCAGAUGCAUUUAUGUUAUUUGCAAAAAAGGAGAAUAUUGGAAGAAUUAGUAUUGAAAAUGCAAAUAACGAUAAUAUUAUUCCAUUGACUGGUGUCAAAGAUGCAAGCGCCUUGGAUUUUAACAUAGCAGACAAUCGCAUUUACUGGACAGAUGUUAAACUAAAAACAAUUACAAGAGCCUUUAUAAACGGUUCCGAUAUGGAAAGAGUAGUAGAUCUUGGCUUAGAAACACCUGAAGGUUUAGCAAUAGAUUGGAUUGCUAAUAAUUUGUACUGGAGUGACACAGGAACUCGGAGAAUAGAAAUGGUUCGAUUAGAGGGUUGCAGUAGAAAAGUUCUUGUUUGGAAUGAUAUUAUUGAACCUAGAUGCCUGGCUCUUGACCCUAGCAGAGGUCAUAUGUAUUGGACAGAAUGGGGAGAUUCUGGAAGUAUAGAAAAAUCAUUUUUAGAUGGUACAAAUCGCGAAAUAAUACUGUUUAAUAUUGGAAGAGCAAAUGGUCUAACAAUUGACCAUUCAACACAGAAAUUAUAUUGGGCAGAUUUACAUACUCCAGCUAUCGAUAGUUUUGAUUUGCGUAUGAGGAAACGAGAGGCAAUUAUAACACAAAAUAUUGGAUACCCAUUUAGCAUUACACAGUAUCAAGAUUACAUUUAUUGGACAGAUUGGAAUACAGGCGAUAUAGAGAAAGCCAAUAAAACGACAGGAGCAAAUAGGGUGAAAAUACAUAACAAGUUAGAAUCCGUAACAGAUUUAUUAGUUUUUCAUGCAUCUAAACAAGCAGGGUGGAAUCCUUGUGCAUUGAAAAAUGGAAAUUGCAGUCAUCUUUGUGUUGCUUUGCCUGGUGAAAAUGAAAGUGUGUCCAAUUCUUUUAAAUGUGAAUGCCCUACACACUAUACCUUGGGAGAGGAUAAUAAAUCUUGCAUUGCACCGAAUACAUUUAUGAUGUACAGUUUACGCAAUGCAAUUUAUCGCUUUCUUCCUGACACUAACGAUUGUUCAGAUAUAGUUCUACGAAUUCAGAGUCUAAAAAAUGUACGGUCUAUAGAAUUCGACCCAAUAACCCAACAUAUAUAUUGGAUAGAUGGUCGAACUUCAUCUAUAAGGAAAACUCUGGAAAAUAAAACCCAUUCUACUGUAAUGAUUUCUGGAAGUUCUGGACAUCCUGUGGACCUAGCUCUAGAUCCCUUAGGAAGACUGUUAUUCUGGUCUUGCGCUAUACAUGAUGCAAUUAAUGUUACGAAACUUGAUAAUGGCUCUGCUUUAGGCAUUGUUGUAAAAGGCGAUGGAGAGAAACCAAGAAAUAUUGCAAUACAUUCUGAAAAGAGAUUACUUUUUUGGACAGAUGUUGGAAGAAAGAUGAGAGUCAUGCGCAGUAAAAUGGAUGGAAAAGAGAGGGUUGUGAUUGCAACUGAUUUAGAACAGCCAACCAGUAUUGCAGUUGAUGCAGUUUCAAAUAUUAUAUACUGGGCACACGGAAAUCGAAUUGAAUGUGCAGGCUUCGAUGGAAACAAUAGAAAAAUUUUAGUAUCUCCAGUUAAACAAGGAUCAGUCAUAUAUCUUGCUGUCUUCUUUGAUUUUGUUUACUGGUUUGAUAAAGAAACAUUAAGUUUAGAGCGUGUUGACAAAUCUGGAAAUGGAAGAAAAAUGAUUAUGAACAAGAUGCUUACAGAUUUGAUUACAGUGAAUACUCCACAAAAUGAUAUAAUGAAAACACAUAUUUGUAGUCCGUUUCGGGAUUAUGGAGGAUGCUCUCAUUUUUGUAUUGGAAUCAGUUCAUCUAAGUGUUCUUGUCCAAAAUCUCUGGUUCUCUCUGAAGAUGAGAAAACUUGCAGAGCUGCACCAGCUUGUGGAUCCGAUCACUUUACUUGCGCAGCACCUAGUUCUGCAGUGGCAAAAGAUUGUAUACCUGCAACAUGGAAAUGUGAUGGUCAAACAGACUGUCCUGAUGGAAGCGAUGAACUAGGUUGCCCAGCUUGUAAUCGUGAACAAUUCAAAUGUCAAAGUGGUCACUGCAUUGAUAUGUCAUGGGUAUGUGAUGGAACUGCUCAAUGUCAUGAUGGUUUGGAUGAAGCUCAUUGUUGUCGUCCAGGUCAAUUCCAAUGCAUUGGAAACGGUGUUUGUAUUGCUGGUUCAACUCUUUGUGAUGGCUGGGACGAUUGUGCUGAUGGUAGCGAUGAACUUACAUCUGCAUGUACAUCUGCAAACAAUCCUCGACAAGAGAACAGCGCAUUAGAAUCUGGGAAAAUCACCUAUGUCAUUGUUGUACUUAUUGCAUUGACUGCAACAAUAGCGGCAGUCGCUUUUGGAUUUUAUUAUUGCAGAAGAAAGUUUAUAAACAACGAAGAAUUACCUGAUAUCUUACACGACUCUGCUGGAGAUCCUUUAUCGCCGAAACCAGCAAGGUUGGUGAAACCGAUGUUUACUCAGAAAAAUUGUAGAAAAGACUUAAAAAUAGGAAUGGAGACUGUAAGGAUGUCGAUGCUGAAUGGGAGUAGUAUUGGAUCAAGUUAUGACCGAAGUCAUAUUACUGGUGCAUCAAGCUCAACACGAGGCAGCUCAGCAGGAGGUUAUCCUCAAGAAACAUUAAAUCCUCCGCCAAGUCCAGCAACGACAGCAAACUCUACUAGGUGCUCAAGCAGUAAUGCAUCUAGAUAUAAACCUUAUAGGCAUUAUAGAAGCAUUAAUCAGCCUCCGCCUCCGACUCCUUGCAGCACAGAUGUCUGUGACGAGUCGGACAGCAAUUAUCCAGCAAGAUACAGAUAUGAAAGUGAACCUUUUCCUCCGCCUCCUACUCCAAGGUCUGUUUAUCAAAGUGAUGCAGGAAUUAGUUGUCCUCCAUCCCCUAGUUCAAGAUCAUCUACAUAUUUUAGUCCACUUCCACCGCCACCUUCCCCUGUUCCUUGA